AUGGAUUCCUACUACACCGUCUCCGACGAACGCUACUCCUCCGCAAACCCUUCUCACAUGUCUUACCCGACUUUCUCAUAUCAGUCGGAGACCACGUACGAUGGCUUCGACUACUAUCCCUCUCAGUAUGUACAAUCAACGUCGGAACUGCCAGAUUGUCCUCCCCAGCUCCCCCUCCAUGCGCCAAUCCCCAUCUCCGGAUAUUCUACUCUAAUCGCUCCCCCAAUUCCGCUGAGCCCCACUCCGCCCACACCCGUCGGCAGCACCUCGCCCACCACAUCGCCCCACGACUCGCCGUCCUCGUCACAAGGCUCGUCAUCCGGCACGAAUCCGCUCGACAUUUACGGGAACGCCCCUCAGGUCACGUUCCCGACACCCUCUGAGCUCCUCACAGACCUCGCUGCCUGCGGUCGCAACGGGACUGGCCUGUCUGACCUUCGGCCGCCCCCCGCCCCCGCAUCGUCCUCUGAACCGACUUCGGUCGACGAGACCGCGCCGGCGACGAAGAAGACCAAGUCGGGCGGAAAGCGCGCCGAGACGCAACGCAAGGUAUACUUCCGCGCCGUCGCGGAGAGCGUCGGUUUUCAGCCGACAGAUCCGGAUACCAUCACGAGCCAUGACAAGAAGCGGAGCUAUCUCGAGUGCCUUGAACAGUAUGUGCAGUGGCUCCAUGGGCAGAUCCGGCUCGUGGGGCACGAGCCUGUCGCGUUCGAGCGCGUCCCAACGUAUCGCGGGCUCAACAGCAGAUCCAUCCGCACGCUCCUCGUUCACAUGCAAGAUGAGGCCCGAAAACUCCACCAGCAGACACUGGAGGAUGAGCGCACUUUUACUCUCCUCCAGCAGCAAGUGACGGCGCACCAGUCCCCGGAAGCACUGCACGCCUUCCGGCGACACUCCGUCCCGUCUGAGGCCUUCUUGCCGUCGUUCUACACACCGCACUGUUAG